AUGGUUUACUAUUCCCGCUGUUCAUGUGGGCUUGGCUAUUGGUAUUCUGUACGACAUUCCAAUGCCCAUUCGGACCUCGAGUCCCUGGAACUGCUCCGUUUUGAGAAAGUAGUAGGAAUCUUUCUCUUGACUGAGCGCGGCCACGGCCUCGAUGCUUUCAAUAUCGAAACUACGGCUACACGAUUGUCCGACGGAAGCUACAUUCUCAACACUCCGCGUGAAGAGGCUACCAAAUUUAUGCCCGCAUCUACGCCCGCCUUUGGUAACCAAAUGUUGCGUUGGUCAUGGCAAGGCUCAUGGAUAAAGGCAAAUAUUUCGGAUGUAGAGACUUCAUAG